AUCCGACUUCCGACUGUACGACUAUUGUAGUAUACAGUAUAACCUUAUUUUCAUCAUGAAAUGUACAAGUUUAGAUGAAAUAAUUAUUGAUUUUGUGCGCGAAAAUCAUUGUUAUAUAUAUGACAAAUGUAAUAUAUAUUUCAAAAAUAUUAGGAAAAAAAGGAUGUGUGGAAAAAUAUUUCCGAAACUUUGAAAACUUUAUAUACAGUAAAUAUGUCAGUUAAAGAAGUUGAAAAACGAUGGUCAUCUUUAAGAGAUAUGUUUAGUAAAGAGAAAAGACGACAAACAUUACCACCUUCUGGUUCUGGAUAUAAACCUGUGAAGGAAUGGGAGUUAUACAGAAAUAUGUUAUUUUUAACUCCUUAUAUAGCUCACAGAAAAACAAAAACAUCAUUUGUUCAACAGAAUCAAUCAUUAAGUUCAUUACAAACAAGUACAACAAAUUGUUCACCGGUAAAAAAAUCCAAGCAAUCUUUCAAUAUUUCUUCACCGUUAUAUGAUCACAAUUACAAUGGGCCUGUUGAAUUAAUUGAAGAGGAUACACCGUCAUUAAAUAUUGAAAAUGAGGAAAUAAUUAUGACAACUAAUAAUGAGAUCUUAAAUAGGCCUGCCAGUACACUUUCUAGCUGUAGUAGUACUAGCAGCAUCCAAUUGGAGACAAGUACGAAAUCCAAUUCGGUAAACUUAGAACGUCCAUUAACAUUAAAGUCUUUUAAAAAAAUAGUGCCGGAAAUGGACGAAUUUGCAAAACGUCGGAGGAGCAAAGAGGAUAAAAUUGAUCGCGAAUUAGCAGAAACAAGUAGAGAAAUAUCAGCUGCUAUCAAAGAAGUAUCAUCUCAAAUGCAUUAUGAUACCCAUUUCAAAGAUGGUUACAUGUUUGCUGUAGAAGAAGGAUUAAAGUAUGUUUCUUCUAAAAAUAAGACACAAUGUCUUAUAGAAGUUCUUCAAAUUAUUAAAAAAUACGAGGAAAGGCAAUAAUUAGUUUUAUAGUUUUACAUUAAAAAGUAAUUAAAAUUAAAUAAUUCAAAAUAUUUAAAAUAAAUUUGAGUUUUAUAUGCUGUUCUUUAUAUUUUAUGUUUCACAAAAGAUACAGAAAGACUUAUAUACAGUUAUAAAAAUAUUAUCUCUAUAAAGUUUCUUUUAUAUUUUAUAUUUAAAGUUAUCUAAGUUUCUUUUGUUUUAUAUUUUUAGUUUCAAUUAAAUAAUAAAAUGUAUUUUAAGUUUCCAUUAAAGUUACAACAGAGUACAAAUUAAAUAAUACAAGUAGCAUUUCUUGUGAUAUG